UUCUUGUGACGUCAUGGAAAUAUGUGUUGUUUAAUUUGUACACAGAGGAAGAAAGUUGACAAAAAUAAAUAGGAAAUUGGCCCACUUAGGGGCUUAACAGCUUAAUUAUGUCGAAGAGUUCGAAGUCAUCACUUCGAAGUGACUCUGGAAUUAUUGAAAUAAAAAGCAAGUUUGAUGCAGAAUUUCGAAGAUUUUCGGUUGAUCGCUGCAGUCAUCUGAAGUUUGAACCAUUCCGGGACAGUGUGGAGAAGUUGCAUUUUCUAAAUGAUACUCCUUUCACGAUAACAUACACAGACACCCACGGUGACCUGUUACCAAUUAACAAUGAUGAUAACUUUAAUUUGGCACUUUCCACUGCAAAACCAGUGCUACGGAUAUUUGUACAAAAGAAAGGUGAGAAUUAUGCUGAACUGAAUGGAUAUGGCACAGUUCAGAAGAAGAAGAAACUGUUGACAAAAAUGAGGAGCAACGACACAACAAACUACGGCAGGAACCGUAUUCCGAUUGGGUUGCCUGAAGAUUUCCGCAGAGUUUCUGCAAUUAUUGAUGUUGAUAUUGUGCCUGAAACACAUCGUAGGGUCAAACUGAUGAAAAACGGUUCUGAUAAGCCUUUAGGAUUUUAUAUUCGGGACGGUACAAGUGUUAGAGUUACACCACAGGGUUUAGAAAAAGUUCCUGGCAUUUUCAUUUCGAGACUUGUGCCUGGAGGUUUAGCUGAGAGUACUGGACUUCUUGCCGUAAAUGAUGAAGUUUUGGAAGUUAACGGAAUUGAGGUAUGUGGAAAGACACUUGAUCAAGUCACCGAUAUGAUGGUUGCCAAUAGUUCAAAUUUGAUCAUAACUGUGAAACCUGUGAAUCAAAGGUUAACAUUAGCUCCGCAACGAGGAGGCGUUGGAAGAUAUUCACAGAUGUCGCAAGCAUCACAUUUGUCGUCGGCUUCAGGUCAUUCAAGACAGUCUUCCAAAUCUUAUGAUAGUGACCUGAUCGCCGAGCACGAUGAUGAAGAUGAAGUGCAGGAUUAUUUGAAUAAAAGUUCUAAAAGUGAACACAGUGAUCGUUCAGAGAAAAGCAGAGUUAGUGAACGGAGUGAAAAAUCUGAUAAAUUACGUAACAUAGAAAAAGAAAAACUUGAUAGAAGUGACAGGAGUAAUCACAGUGGGAGGAGUAAUGAUAGUGGGCGGAAUAAUGGGAGUGGACGACAGAAAAAUGGAAGUGGACGUUUAAAUAAAGAUGCAGCAAAACAAAACAAUGGUAGUGGUAGACAAAAACAUGAAGGAGGGGGCACAAAUGGGGAGGGGGAUAACCCCAUUGUCACAUUGUAAUAGAAGUAAAACUAAGCAAAAAAGUCACUUGUGCCCCCGUAAAGAAAGCACUGUAUAGAAAUUGUAAAUUAAUAUUUUUUAUAGACGUAUGAAUACUUUUUAUUACUAACAAACCUGAAGCAGUUCUCAAGUCGAGACAAAAUCAAAGAGUGUCUCUCUGGCAUUUAACUGAAUCUACUUAAAAAAUUUAUGUCAUCUAGAAAAUACUUUGUUUUUGUAGAAAUAGCAUCUAAUUGCUGUUCUUUGUACCUGUGGAGAAACUAUUCUAUGUGUAUUGUAUAGACUUAACACACAUACAUUUUGUACUACAAUUCAUACAGUCAUUGAGCCGUUGCUGAUAAUAGUAUGGAUGGGUGGGGGUAGUCAGGUUUCAUUACAUGAAGUACUGUGAUUUUGAUUUAAACUUUACAAACUCAAUUGCAAAUUGUCUCUCUAGAUAAAUCAAGAAGAAAAUAGUGCAACAGAAUUAAAGACUGUUGUAUUUCCUGGUUAUAGUUUGGCUGUAUUACAGUAUGACAGAUUUAACAGUUUUAUAGGAGCAAAACAGAUCAGCAUUAUUUUAGUUUUGAGAUAUGUAAUUAUUGACACUGGAUUUAUCUAGCUUGCUUCAUCACCAACAUGUAUACGGACCAAAUUAUCAUUAUAUUUUGCAUAUCACUACACAAUGUAGUUACAACAUUCCUGAAAAGUGCAGCUUAUACUCUGCUAUUAACAAUGUAAUAAUGGAAUUAAAACACUUUAUAACACUUUCAUACCUAAGAUAGUGAACUUGUAAUGAUAGCAAGUUAUGUAUUAGAACUCUAUAUGCGAUUUCAGCAUUCUCCAUUUUUAGUAAAUAAGUAAGUAACAACUUUGUUUAUAAUGGAUGACAUAUUUGGCAGUGCCAGUUUGCAAUAUGGUCUACUGGAAAAGCCAUGUACACAUCAAGUUAUAUUUACGUCCAAAGAAUGCCAAAUUGGCUAACGAAAAUUCGCAAUCACACGGAAAAUGCAGAGGAUCCAGUACCUUCAAGUUUCAGGAUGAGACUUGAAAACAUCUCUUUUGUUUUGUUUUCAAAUCAGAAUUCUUAUUAAAGAUGUGGCUUCUUUAAUGAGCACCGCUGCCGAUGCAUACAAAGAGAAAUCCACCAUAAACUUGUCUUUUCUGGAGUACUUUGAACAUGUUAGUUGACAUAAGUUGAUAAAAACAUGUAUGAAGUAUGUUACAUUGAGUUUUUUUGAACACUAUAGGUUUAAAUAGGUUAUGUUUUAAGAAAUAUGAUAAGGUCACACAAAAAAAUGUCUUUAAUGUUAUGUGAACAAAUAAACAGGUUAGGUAAGCAAUAUUUUGUUAUUUUUAUUUCAUGGAGUAAGUGUCAUAAAAAGUGAAUGUAUAUACAUAUAGCUGUUAAACAAAACUGUUACGAAUGAAUUUUAACAAAUGUUACCAAUGUCCUAAAAUUCACUUGUUGAAAGAAAUAUAUUAGUGUUUAGACUUAGUUUUAAGUUUGGUCAGGUAUUAAACUCUAAACAGGUUUUUUUCCUGGACAGAUUACUCUAUUAUUUGAUGAUUGGAAAUAUCAGAAAGGAAAUGAAAGCACCCGAAGUGGCAGAGAAAUAAGUAUUAAAAAUGAAACUGUUUUAAUUAUAAUAAAGGAUGGUGUCUUUAAAGGGACAUGCCUACAGCUGAACUUGAAAAUUACAUUUUUUUAGCUCACCUGUCACAUAGUGACAAGGUGAACUUUUGUGAUCGCGCAGCGUCCGUCGUCCGUGCAUGCGUAAACUUUUGCUUGUGACCACUCUAGAGGUCACAUUUUUUGUGGGAUCUUUAUGAAAAUUGGUCAGAAUGUUCAACUUGAUGAUAUCUAGGUCAAGUUCGAAACCGGGUCACGUGCCUUCAAAAACUAGGUCAGUAGGUCUAAAAAUAGAAAAACCUUGUGACCUCUCUAGAGGCCAUAUAUUUCACAAGAUCUUCAUGAAAAUUGGUCAGAAUUUUUAUCUUGAUGAUAUCUAGGUCAAGUUAAAACUGGGUCACAUGAGCUCAAAAACUAGGUCACUAUGUCAAAUAAUAGAAAAAACAGCGUUAUACUCAAAACAGGGUCAUGUGGGAACAGGUGAGCGAUUCAGGACCAUCAUGGUCCUCUUGUUUGUUAAAUUGGAUAGCAGUUGAUAUUAGAUAUCAAAAAUGAUAAACUAGUAUUGUUUAAGUGUAUGCUAUAAAGAAUUAAGUACAUACAGCUAAAUUCUUUAGAACUAUUUUAUAUCAAAUUUCAAUAGUGUUACUAAUACUGUUAGUUCUGAGCAGGAUUUAAACAGUUUACAGAGAUUUAAAUGACACAAUUUCAUGUGUAAAAAUAUUCACCCAAGUAUUUUACUUUUCACAAACUGUAUAAUGUAUGUGCUUGCAUCAUCUGUUCAUACCACAAGCUAACUCUUUCUCACUUUCUGAUGAGAAACUGUCUCCAGACAUACACAUGAUCAGUUUCAUAUAAAAGAAUUUAUAAUCUUUGUUAAAAUGAUAUCAACUAUUUGCCCAUUUGGCAAAACUGUUGUACCAUACAUUUUUUUAUCAGAACAUUGGAGUGAUAUAUUUUAUCUUAGCGCCAUUACAUGUUGAUUUCAUAUAUAAUUAAGACAAAGUUUUGCAGUUUUGCAAAGGUAUUUUAUCAUUUUAAAACUAAAUUGUUAGAUUUUUAUAUCUUAUAAAUUAUGACCAGAACUUAUGUUUUGAGUUUGGUUUUUACUUGAAAUUAUAAAUUAUUUGUACUUUGUUGAAUGUACUUGUACAUAUGUGUGCAUUUUUUCAUAAUUUAAACUGCUUAUUAAAUUUAGUGUUGGAUUCACAAGUCCUAUAGCAAGGAUUUUUGUUGAUUCCACUUUGCAUUUAUAUUAUACAUCAUUGCAAAGAACUUGAACAAUGAUAAAAUUAACUUUUAAAGAAAAUCAAGUAUAUUAGUUUUGAAUUUAUUGUCUAAAAACAGUUUUGAUAGGUUGUUUCUAUUUUGAAAAAUUGAAUUUCAGCCAUAUAUCUUGCAAGAUAAAAAGAGAGAAAGAAAUCAAGAAAAUCUGUAACAGAUUUAGUAGAUUAUACAGUAGAAGGAGGAACAAUAAAUGAUGUGAUUUGUGAUAAAUCUUGCCAAGUGCUUGUAAACUAUGUGUGUUGCAUUGAGAAUGGAAAUUAUAACUUUCAUCACAAAAUUGAUUUUUUUGUCUGUUAAAAAGUUUAUUUGGUCUUGACAUGCAGAUAAUGGAGCAAAAACAUCAAGAUAAGUGAUUUUUAUAACUGAAUGUUCUACAAAAAUGUUGUAGCCUUGCUUCAUUUUGAUUCAUUAAGCAAUAUUUAACUUUUAAGGUCUUCCAGCUAGUUUAAUCAGUUAGUUUAUAGGUACUUAUAGUAUAUAUUGUGUAUGUCAUAGGUUUUAACAGAAAACUGUCAUUAAAGUCAGCAAGUUUCCAGUUUUCCAUUUUGCCCUUAGUACUGUAAAAUCUUUUAAUUUCUUGUGCGAAAUUUCGUGGAUUGGAAGUUGUGAAAAAAAGAUUUGAAGUUAUUGCCAUUUGCUAAUUUAAGUUCAUAAAAACAGAAAUCCAGCAAUGUGCCUUUUUUUGUCAUUUUUUGUUAUGUAACAAAUUUGAUAAAAUUAUAACAGGUUACAAGGCAAAAGAAUAAACACAUUAGAUCAAGAAAGAAUACUUACUGGUGUUUCACUUGAGGAGACUUGGGGUUUGCCCAAUGUCUGUAUGUCACUUAAAAGUACAAGACAUUUUUUUCAUGAAACUUGGUGGUUGUAGAAGUUUGCAGUAUAGAGAAUAUGCAGCUACUUUUAUUUUAUUGCUGUGGCAAAGAUUGUGGUUGCUAUGGCAACAAAUAGUCAUAAAAUAUGACAGGAAAGUGGCAAAGUGGGAUCGUGUGGUAACUUAAAAUGUACAUGAAACUAAUGGACUGAAUGGCAGACAGAUGAGGGGCAAGCCAUAAGUGCACUAUGUAUUUUAAAUGAAAGGAUUGUAAUUGUUUUGUCACAAGACCUUAGUAACCUCCUGUAUACCUGUAAAUUGCUCAUUCUAAAUUGUUCUCUCAUGAAUGCACAAUUAAUUAUAGAAAUCUAAAAACAUUAACCAGGGCUUGCUAUUUUUCUGUAGAAAUACACUACCUUGAUAAAGUUUGUUUUUAUUAGUAGUAUUUUUUGCAAACUUUCUGCCAAUUUUCACUGUUAAUCAAGCCCAAAGGUUUAGAUACAGCUUCUACAGUCAAAUUUGCUUCAAACUGAUUGAAAAAAGUAGCCCUGGAACUAUUUUGUCAAAUAUGUAUGAGAUUUUCUGUUUUAGUUUUAGUCUCGAAAACUAUCUGGCGCAAUUGCCAUUCUGAAAAUACCCAUGCUUUAUAUGCCAUUCCAGUUUUAAAUACAUUCUAUUGUCAUUUUUUAUGCAUGGAUUGUAUAUAUACAUAAUAUGUGCAUUUUUAAUUGUACAUUUUGAAUGAAAUAAUUUUUUAUUUUGUAAUAUACUAGUCUUUACCCAAAGUGUGCAUGGUUUUUAAUUAUGUAAUAAUGAAAUAUUUAAUUUUU